GAUCGUCCAUUUCCUAUGGAUGAGCUAUGGCGGUCAUUAGUGCGUUCCUUCCCAUUCCGCCACUUUGCUCGCGACGACGAUCAUGUCAAAUAUUUCGAGAAAGGCGCCAUGCAGCAGCUCGAGCAUCCAAGAAGUCCUGCAUUGUAGGGGCGCUCGUCAUCGAUGGGCCUUGCGCCAAUCCCCAAACCCUCGAGGAUUCGAUCGAUCAGGCUAGAGAAGCAAUCCAAAGAGCCGUGGACGAUGGCAAGAAAACGCAGCAGCUAGAGCUUCUACUCCCGGUGAACCAGCGAGAAUUUAAUUUUCUCGACACGGAGCCGAGGGACUAUCCUUGUGGUGUUGGAGAGGAAUUCCAGGCUUGCAGCAAAAUGGUCACCGCAAUUUUUUGUGGAAUGCAAGAAGGCCAAGCAGUGGAUUCACGAAGAAUUGGCGAAGUUGAGAACGAGAUGGAUCCAGUCGGAUUAAUCUAUCCUUCGUCGAAGACCAUUGCAGCCGUUGUUUUUCCUAUAGCUGAGACACUCAACCAGAUUAGAUCUUUGGUCAAGAGCGAUCCAACAAGGCCACUUCUUCUGGUAAAUCCACAGUGGAAAGCAUCGGGCCAAGUUGUUUCGGACUUUGGAUUUGGACCAUGGAAAAGGAAAGCUGAGGAAUUCUUGGAAAAUUUCGAGAGAGUCUACAGCCUCAUUGAGCAACGAAUCGGAGAAGCCUCAAACGUUACAUCCUCUUCCACUGGAGGAGUGGUCCGGCUUCUAAAAUGUUAUUCCUACGACUGGCACGUAUACUUGAUGUCCUGGGAUGGAAACAGCGAGCUCCUUGGAAAGUUUCCAAACCAGCCGACGUAUAAAGAGCUUGAAAGCCUCGUUUCACAGGCACGAAAGGCAAUGCCAUGGAAAGCACCUCCAAGGAUGCUUGGUGGCUCAGAGCCAGCACCACCUCCACUGCCGAAAUCUCUUUCAGCGCCACUCACAGCCGAUGAGAUUGAUGCUAUGGAGGCAGCGGCAGUGAGGCGUGCAUUGAUCGCCCUGGGCCAGCCAUCAUCCGGAAGAAUCUCUACUCUGAGAGAAAGAUUGAAAGAAGCUCAGCUCCAAAGACCGUCAGCCUAAAACCUUUGCGUUUUUUUAACAAGAGCUUUACGUACACUAUAUAUCAGCUCUCGAGGAAGAUAACAGUGGAAGACCAAGCGCAACGAUGGAGUAAGGCGGCAGUGAGAGUUCCAUGUCGGUUGCCGCGCUAAGGAACAAGCUCGUUAUAGGCACCACCUGUAAAAAAUUCUCUAUUGCUCGAUCGUGAAUAGAAUGGACUUGGCUUACCUUG